AUGAGGCUCACCAGCUCUGAAGAUGCUCCGCCCAGGAGCCGGCAGCGCGCGUCCCCCGCUGUACACACACACCUGACUACCGCUGCGCCCCGAGCGGCCACAGCCGCCGCGGCGCCUCCACUGCCUGCGCUCGCGGUUUGUCGCACUCAGCCAAUACGCAGCCAAAUCCCGGCCCCGCCGCUCGCUCUCCGGGUAGCGGUCCAGGGGAGAGGGCCGGCUGCCUCGGAGGCGGGCGGGGAUACCAAUCCACCAGGGGGGUGCCCCGGCUCCGCUUCAACUCCUGGCAGGGAGAGGAGGAAGAGGCGGCGCAGGAGGGCAGCGGCGAGGCUAGGGGCUGGGGAUCCGAGAGGGGUGGAGCGUGAAAAUCGGCGGCCAGCAGAGAGGGACGCACUGGGCAGAGGGGGUGGGCAGGACCGACUAGGAGUGCAGGACUUCGGGGGCAAACGCAAGAGCGCGCCGGCAGCAUGGGCGUGGAAAGGCGGGAAAGGGGCCAAGGUACAGGAUCUGGGGCUGGAAGGACAGACCGCUGGUCUCGAGGGCUGGGGAGGGCGGGCGCCCCGGGGUGUCGGGGGCGCAGGGCGGCACGCCGGGCGGGCGGCAGCGGGGAAGCCGCCGCGAGGGCGUCCAGCAGGGCUCCGCGCGGAGCUCAAGUUCGGGGCUGGGGGCUCCAAAUCCGUAGAGCCCAGCGUGGAGAGGGGUCCUGCGCGGCUCGUAAGGGAGAUCGAGGAGAGGAAUCGCCGGAAAAAGCAAAUGGAGGGUGAAACUUGUGUGCCUGCCGGGGGGAGGGGAGCAGCAGGCGAGUGCGGGCAGGAACACGAGGCGGGGCAGGAAAGCCGCCGAGGCGCUGGGGACGGGGCAGCGGGAGGGAGGCGCCGGCCUCCGGCGCGCAGGUCCCGGCCCCGGCGCAUGUUCGGCAGGGCCGAGGGUCUCAACGGCAGGGGUCUCCGCGCCCUCCCGCGAGCCCACACACUUACUUUCCAGCUUAGGCAGCGGCCGUCGUCGCUCCAGGAAUCACAGACAUCGGCGCCGAGGGGUCGCCGCUGCGGCACCCGAAAAAAAUUAAAAAAGUGCCGCGGCCGCGCGGCUGCCCGCCCCUCCCUCCCCCACCCGCCCCCUCCCCCGGAGCGGCUAUCCCACCACCCCCGGCGGCGGCGGUGGCCAACUUGCCCCUCUACCCUUUGCCCAUGGUGCCGCCUCCGCGGCCGGCGUCGACGCGGACUCAGUCCCGGAGCCCCCUCUACUGCCCAGAGGCCGCCGCCACCGCCGCCCGCCCCGCCGCCAGCCCGCCCGGCCAGACCCGGGCUCCCGGGAACGUCAGCACGCCGCCGUCCCCGGGCCUGCUUCCGCUACCCCAUUGGCCAGAAGGAGAGGGCUGGUCCUCCCCAUUGGCCCGGCCCUCAUAUUGAACGGACCAAUAGGAGCUGCGGUUUCAGGUCGCCAUAGAGACCGAUGCUGUUCAGCGCGAGAGGGCCUGGAGAAGCUGCUGCUUCUCUAGGUGAGUUGCACCCCAUCCCUUCCAUCGCUCCUUCCUCCUGACGUCACUGAGCCACUUGAAUCCUACUUGGGCUUGUUCUCCGCAACCACUCCCCCUUUCCUGUCUUGUUUCAACGUUUUGGGUCUUCAAACUCAUAUCCCUUCUCAAAGAAGACUCAAAGAGGAUUUCCUUUGAUGAUAUUUUGGUAAGGGAGAAGGUGACGGAUUGUAUGAUAGAUGCCAAAGCGUCACCACAUAAGAUAGCCUGUUCCCUGAUUCUCAAAGCAAACCUCUAAUCUUCCCGUGGGCAGAUAUCUAUUAAACACAUCUGUGUGUACAUCCUGCACUACGAGCUUGACAGGUGCAUGUUCUUUCACUUGAGGGGUUACAGGCUUGAUAAAGAGACAGGAAACAGAAACAAUCCUUUAUGCCUUCUGAUGAUUUCACGAAAGAGUAAGAGAAAUGGAUUACAGUUGAUGGAUUUUGUUUUCUAUUUUCCAGUUCUCUUUAAAUUUGAUAUAGAAAUCACCUGAGGCAUGAAAAUCAGUACACACAAAAAUCUUGAGCUUUAAUAAUGUCUUCUACUUUCAUUUAAAAUAAUCUUGUGCUAGUUUGUCAAUACUAAUUUUUUGUCAAUAAAUUUUAUAUUUAGAUACCACCUUCUUAAAGUGAAAUUUCAUGAACAUAUUAGGCUUUAAAAUAUGAUAUUGCUCUAGCCUAUAACCACCGAUAUUCUUAUGUUCCUUUUUUUGGUCAUUUUACUAUUUUUCAACUAAUCUUUUUAGUAAGGAGACUAUGUACAUAUUACUGCACCUCACAUUGGAGGGACCAUGUUGUGUGAAAAAGCUGAUAGGAUUUUGAAAAUUACAAAUAAUUUGUUGAGAGAAACAGAUUAAUGUGUGUGCAAGUUGCAUAUGUCUAAGUAUUCUUCUGAAUUUUAAGUUGGGUGAUAUGCUUUGCUACUGGUUUUUAUCUUACUGUAAUUGAAGAUUAUAAAGAUGUAACCUAAGAAAUGUUAAUAUGGUGCCUUGAUUGGAAAAAAAAAAUCUCUCCACAUUUGUGGUAAAAUUUCAACUUAGUUGACAAUCCUACUCAGAGUUGGACUGUGGAACAAAACAGGUGAACAUGUGAAUGUUCCCUCUAAAUAUUUUCAGAAUUGGGAAGGGAUCAGCAGAGGCCAGGAAGUGUUGUGUCAUGCCUGGCUAUAUGAAAAUAGGCUGUUUUUGACUUCUUCUGGCUUUUUAAUAUGUGAGUUUGUUUAUAGAACAGAAAAAGUAAAAUGCAAAUUGUUAUAUGACAUAUGUUUAAUAAUAAGAUACCAAUGAUUUUGCUUUUUUAAAAAUUUCAGUCACAUCGAAUGAAUGGAAAAUGUGUCUAAUGGAAAGAAAAAUGGGUCUUUUCUUUUUUCUUGCCUUAGGCUAGCAUAGAAAGAAGGAGAAAAAAGCUCAUUUUAUUAUUACUCCAAUAGUCUUUUGUAUGUUUUUCUCAGAUGAUUAUUUUGACAUUGUAGAUUUCAUGUUUGUCAUAAUUAAAUUGUUACUAAAAAUCCACCAUGAAUAUGUCCUCUGAAAUAAGUUGUCACUCAACAUUAAUUAUUUUCUUUAUUUUUGUAUUUAGUUGAAAGCUUUCUUUUCAACUUGCUCCUGCACUACUAAGCAUUGCUAGAUAAGGUUAAAUGAUCACUUCAUUCCUCUUAAAGUUCAUGCUAUUCAAACUUGGCUGGUCUUCACUGAUUCUCAAUUCCUUUCCUCAUCAGGAGGAUGAUUAUCCAGAACACUUAUCCGGGAACAUUAUCUGGGCCACUUCCAAACGUGUCCUAUGUCUGAUCUCCUCAAGCCCCCACUUUAUGUGGUUUUCCUCCACUUCUGCAAAAUGAUCUUGCCUCAUACUCUAAUGAAGGAUCCACCAUGAGGUUCCUCAACUUAACUUUCCUAAACCUCAGUCUCAGUUUUUAUACAUCUUCACCUCUUUCAGUCCUGGUUGAGUAGGGGUAUCCACAUUUCUCUUCAAAGCUCAUACUCCACAUAUGCUCCUAAACAUGAACCAUCUUCUCUCUACCAGGAUUUUGCUCUAGUAAUUAUAAUUUCUUUCUUAGACGAUGUGUUAUACCCUCACCUCUGAUGAUUUUUCCUAAACCUUCCAAAUAUCUGGCCUUUGGCAAAACCACCUUCCUUCUACCCUACCACAAUCUCCAUCUUCUUGCCUUUCUUUUCACCAAUAAACUGUCUGAAGGGAAUUUCUUGACGUUUCUACUUUUUCACCAAUGUUUUGGCUCUUGAAUACAACUGAAAUGAUCUUGAUGAUUUUGCUCUUUCUCCUCAAAAUCGUAGCUUAUUUUGCCAAUUAAGUUCUCUCCUACAAAAAUGUCCUUUACUUCCAAGUUGCAAUGGCCCAAUUCCAGAUUUCCAGUGAAGGAGUGAAACCAUUGUCACUUAGCCUGAGGAUCCACAGAAAUGCAAAUGACUGGCUUGAGAAGAGGAUGAUUUAAACUACUAGCCUGGUCACCUUGGGGAAAGUGCUGGAAAGUAGGGGUGGGAAGAGGGCCUGUGCUCCAGCUGACACUCGGGUUGAGGGCAAGGUUAGAAUAUUAAGAGGUUUGAUGACUCCACCCUGAAGAACAAAAGUAAACAGCAGAAAUCCAAACAACUUUCAAUUACCAGCUCAGAAAGAAGUCAACCUGAAACUUUUAAGAUUAUGAAAACUCUGUAACUUUCCAAUGUUUGUUAUUUUCAUAUUCUCCCAUAAAGAUUAGUGGUAAAUUCCCUAAGAAGCAUAGCAGAGGCAGCAAGGAAUAGGAGGAAGCAGGAAAACUGAGUCUCUUCUCAUACUUGGGAGGUGAAGAUAAAAAUCUUCAGAAAGUAUACCAAUACUGAUAGUUUGGGGUUUUAUUUCUAAAGAGGAAUGUUAAAACAAGUAGGUGGCAAAGGAGGAAAAGAGAGUAGUGGAAUAAGCGGGGCCUGAGGAGGGUUACUAGGGCUUAGUAAUAGUUCCGCUCUGUUGGCUCUGGUGGUUUCAGAAUUGGCUGAACUCCACCCCAGUGUCAUUCUCUUAAUAUAUUUGUACAAAUUCUCCCGUGGCUCAGCCUAAUAAUCACCUGUAAAAACUUUUGGAAAGUUUCCUGGCCCUCCCCCUUCUUGAGAGGGUGAGUUCUGCCUUACUGUAUUGUUGUGACCCUUCACACUCCAUAUCCCAUGGUGCGGUUAUUUUUGUGUGAGCCUUUUCCCCUAGAGGAUAGGAUCCACAUCAUGGUCAUGACUGUGUCCCUCACUGCCUUAAACUACUGAAGCACCUGCCAGUAUUUAUUAAUUUGCUUAAUUCUUGGAGAAACCUGACUUUGAACAAUAAAAAAUUGAAAUCAGACUGUUGGGAGAGAAUUAGGAAAAGAUGGGAUUAGCUGUUCAAUGUAGAAAAAUCAGAUAAAGUAUGAUAGAACUGAAUAGAGGUUUUGAAACUCAGCUUUGCUAAGCAAUUAAAAAAGGGUUACUUUUUUUGGUAUAUGAAACUUCUAGGUUGUUCUACCUCUUGGAAAACAAUGGGGUCAUGGGAUUUUAAUAACUUUAUAAAAUCAGAAUGGUGACAAACAUCUGGUAUGUGUAAUAAACAUGAUUCCUAGUGCCUAUAUCCACAGUCCUUGAAGGAGGCAGCCCUUCACAUCUCCUAACAAUGCAUCUGACAUGGCAUCAGCCCCUGUGGAGACCUGACUCAUGUAGUCAAUCUAUUGCCUGACCAUUGACUCCUACUGGUUGGUAAUGAUGCCAAUCAGAUUCUUUUCCUGGGAAUUUGAAAUUGAGAGAUAAAGUGAACCAGAGAGAGCAGCUGUCUUAGUCCUGAUGUUUUCUGGGUUCCUACUGAAGGGGCCACAAUAUGCCUUCCCCAAAAUGUGCCAUUUUGGCAUAAGGAUUAUUUUGAGUUGAAAGCAAUUGAGAAAUAGGAGAUAUGAGAAAAACUAUUUUCCCUCCUGCUUUUCUGUCUAAAAGUAGGCCAUGAAUUUCCAUUUGUAAAGCUGUCUCCCUCUCUAAUACCAGGAAAGGAUCUACUUGGAUAUAACUCUUAUUACUGGAGAGGACACUUAUGCACAUAACAAACCUUACUAAACAACCCUUAUUUAUGUUACAUUUCCCAGCAUCUUUCCAUAACUUCCCUCACUGCCCGUAUUCUCCACAAGAAGCCCCAUAUCCCUUUUCCUUUGUGUAGCCUCUCCUCCACAUUUAAUCACUUCUGUUGAGAUGGUAUAUGUCCAAAAUUCUAAUUGCCUCCUUGAGUUACAUUUCUUUGUGAAGCCUUUUUUGUACAUAUGUAGUUAAAUGUUUUUCUUCUCUUGUCAGUCUGUCUUUUAUCAGUUUAAUUCUCAGACAUUGAACCUAGGAAAAUAGAGGAAAAGUGUUUUUCCUUCUGUACGCUAUUCUUCUCAUAAGGUCACACUUAAAUAAACUUAUUUUCUUACUGUUU